CACAAAGAGAAAGCAUGUGAUUUAGAAAUCGUUGAUUUGUAAAGCUUUGAUUGGAAGAUGUGCAUACCCUGUCGGUGUAUAUAUUAGCCUCUUACUCAGUCCUAGCAUCAUCAAGACUUGAAUCCUCCAACAAUAUGGACGGCCGAAUUAUUGGUCUCCUGGGGAUACUUUGCCUCCUCAUCAUACAGGCCAAAGCGCACGAUGAAGGGGUCAUUAAACAGACUGAAGAUUCUAUUACGGAGUGCACGUGCAUGAAAUCGGAUAGAGAUUGCAAACAGAUCAAGAACAAGUGCGAAGCUGAGGUUUGUUCAGUAAGGGAUGCUUUUGAAUGUAAGAGUUGUGGGGGCGAUGCUUGUGAUUGUGUUUACAGCGUAUUGGAAGAUAGAGUCGCUGAAGUCUGUGUUAUGGGAGAAGAGGGAGGAGGGAAAAAACGAGGCCUCAAGAAAUUCAUUAAAAAGAUAAAAGAAAAGAUAAAGAAAAAGGUUCGGAAAAUAAAAAAGAAGUUGAAACGUAUUUUCCAAAGAAGAAGAAACAGAAGAAAUAGAAGUCGACAGAGAAGAAAAAAUGACAACAGAAGAAGAAAGCCAGAGACACGGAGAAGGUCAAGGAUCAGAAGGAUAAAACCCAAGGACUCCGAAGAAUGCGAUGAGGGAUAUUAUAAGUCGUAUGGGAGGUAGCCCUGGAAAGACUCCUGAUGGCCGACAGAUAUAUCAAUCAAUUCAAUAAUGAAUAUGAUUUAAUAAAACCCAUUUU